GGGCUCCACCUCUGGGCGGGCGAGCCGAGAGCCGCGGAAUUGACAAGCUAGCUCAGACUUUGUUUGCAUACAAAGGGGACACCUCGGGCCGGGCUGCGGCCUGGGGAGGGAAGGCGAUUCCUGCUUCCCCGGACUGUUCCCGGGACGAGCCUUGGGGUGCCCUGGCCCCCCAACCGCCAGUGCCCCGGGUGCCCCUGGCUCAGGAAGGCUCUGCUAGGGUAGCACAGUGUCUGGAAGGGCCCUGGCUGAAGCGCCAGGACCAAAGGCUCCAGGACAGGCAGUGAGUCUGCCGUCAGCAGACCAGCCAAGCUGUCCAGGACACAAUAUUGCUCAAACCAUGAAUUACGUGGGGCAGUUGGCAGGCCAGGUCUUUGUUACGGUCAAGGAGCUGUACAAGGGUCUGAACCCCGCCACGCUGUCCGGAUGCAUCGACAUCAUCGUGGUGCGCCAGCCCAAUGGAAGCCUUCAGUGCUCACCCUUCCACGUCCGCUUCGGGAAGAUGGGGGUGCUGCGCUCCCGGGAGAAGGUGGUGGACAUUGAGAUCAAUGGCGAGUGUGUAGAUUUGCACAUGAAGUUGGGGGAUAAUGGAGAAGCGUUUUUUGUUCAAGAGACGGACAAUGAUCAGGAGGUGAUUCCCCUGCACCUCGCGACAUCCCCCAUCCUGUCGGAGGGCUCCGUCCACAUGGAGAGCCAGCUCAAGCGGAGCGCCCUGGAGAGGGGCAGGGGCUUGGAACCCGGCAGCUGUGCCCAGGCGCAGGCGGUGAGCGAGAUGCUCUCCGCAGGCCUGUCUGUGAAGAAGAGGAGGAAGAGGAGGAGGAAGUGUCAGCUGGACAGCCUGAAAAGAGACGACAGCAUCCACACCUCGGAGGAGGAAGACCUGUUUCCCAUUGAGAUGAGCUCCGACGAGGACUUGGAGCCCUUGGAUAGUGCUAGAACGCUUAUUCACGACGUACCCACAUUUAGAGAUGAAGUCCCUCACAAGAACCCUUCUCCGAUCCCGCCUUUCCCGCAGUCGGCGGGUUACGCUAAUUCAGAUAAAGAAUGGUCGCUCAACCAGAGUAAGCCGGUAGAUUGCAAAAGGAUCCCCCCUCAUCUUACCCUUGUGGCCGAAGGAGGCCUUUCUGCCUCUUGUCCUCCUCAGUCUUCCCAUCUCCAUUCUUCAGAAAGUCCUUCCGGUUCUCGGCCUGCAACGCCUAAGAGUGAUUCGGAACUAGUUAGCAAGUCCCUGGAGAGGGGUUUGCAGAAGAGUAACCCAGAGAUGCUGUGGUUGUGGGGGGAGCUGCCACAGGCUGCCAAGACCUCGUCUCCGCAUAAGGUGAAGGACUCGGCAAAUAGAAGCUUUUCGGAGAAUAUGCUUUUCCGGGCCAUUCAGAGCGAGUCUUCAGAGACUUUUAGUGAUCUCUCCCCAUCACCGUCUGGGGGCCACAGCGAGAUCCUGAUCCCGCCAGAGGAGGGCAAGGCUCUGCCCGAGGGCUCAUUCAUGGUGGAGCACAACCAGGAAGUCUUGGGUGCCACUGCUGCCGUAGCUGCCGCAGCCACGGCCCCCACAGCCACAGCUGCUGCAGUCACAGUCAGGGCUACAGCUGCCACGGCCACGGCCCCCACAGCCACCACGGCCACAGCCAUGGCCGUGGCUGCGGCAGGCCCUGGAGCGACCCCACCCCUGCCCACCAGUGAGGAGUCCAAGCAACCCCAACCCAACUCCAACCUCCAGGGGAGUAAGAUGGACUCCCCAUCCAGGAAGAGAGACAAGCGGAACAGGCACCUCGGAGCCGAUGGCGUCUACCUGGACGACCUGCCAGAAAUGGACCCUGAAGUUGCCGCCCUUUAUUUCCCCAAAAAUGGUGAUGGGAGCGUAGUGGCCAAAAGCAGCAGCGAGAGCGGGCCCCGCUCAGCCAGCCAGUCCCCUCAGUCGGUGGGCAGCUCGGGUGUGGACAGCGGCGUGGAGAGCACCUCCGACGGGCCCCGGGACCUGCCCUCCAUCGCCAUCUCACUCUGCGGAGGGCUCGCAGAGAGCAAGGAGAUCACCACAGAUGAGUUUCUAGAACAAGAGGUGUCCUAUCAGCAGUUUGUGGAUAACCCUGCCAUCAUUGACGACCCCAACUUGGUGGUGAAGAUCGGGAGCAAAUACUACAACUGGACCACAGCCGCCCCCCUCCUCCUGGCCAUGCAGGCCUUCCAGAAACCUUUGCCCAAGUAUUCCUGCUUAAGCUAUCUUCACAUAAUUCUGGACACCAUUAAGCUUUGCUUUUCUAAGAUUUACAGCCCCCAGCCCGCCACGGUGGAGUCCAUCGUGAGGGACAAGAUGCCCCGGAAGGGCGGAAGAUGGUGGUUCUCCUGGAGGGGACGGAACACGGUCAAAGAGGAAAGCAAGCCAGAGCAGUGCUUGUCUGGAAAGGGGCUCAUCAUUGGGGAGCAGCCAUCCAAGCUAAGCAUUGGAACCAGGAUGAAGGAUGAGUCUUCCUCCAGCGAUGAGGACUCCAUCACAGCCAAGCCGUCCAGUGCCAGCCUGCAUACGCUGAUGGCCAACGUGAGCUACAAGAAGACCCUGCGCCUCACCUCGGACCAGCUUAAAAGCUUAAAGUUAAAGAAUGGCCCCAACGAUGUGGUUUUCAGCGUCACGACCCAGUACCAGGGCACCUGCCGCUGUGAAGGCACCAUCUACCUCUGGGACUGGGACGACAAAGUGAUCAUUUCUGACAUUGAUGGAACCAUCACACGAUCUGACACGUUAGGGCAUAUUUUGCCCACGCUUGGCAAGGAUUGGACCCACCAAGGGAUUGCAAAACUGUACCAUAAAGUCAGCCAGAACGGCUACAAGUUCUUGUACUGCUCCGCGAGGGCCAUCGGCAUGGCCGACAUGACGCGGGGCUACCUGCACUGGGUGAACGAGCGCGGCACCGUGCUGCCCCAGGGCCCGCUGCUGCUCAGUCCCAGCAGCCUCUUCUCCGCCUUGCACAGAGAAGUCAUCGAAAAGAAGCCUGAAAAAUUUAAAGUCCAGUGCUUGACAGACAUCAAAAACCUGUUCCUUCCCAACACGGAUCCCUUUUAUGCCGCCUUCGGAAACCGGCCGGCGGACGUAUACUCUUACAAGCAAGUGGGGGUGACCUUGAAUCGAAUUUUUACUGUCAAUCCCAAAGGAGAAUUAGUACAAGAACAUGCCAAGACCAACAUCUCAUCUUACGUGAGGCUCUGUGAGGUUGUUGAUCACAUUUUCCCAUUGCUGAAAAGAAGCCAUUCUUCAGACUUCCCGUGUUCGGACACUUUCAGUAACUUCACUUUUUGGAGAGAGCCCUUACCCCCUUUUGAAAAUCAGGAAGUCCAUUCAGCUUCCGCUAACACGUACUGACAGCCCUGUGACACCGGACUGGCUAACCCCUGAUUAAAGGAUAGGCUUUGUGAAGAGUUCAGCUGGAACCCAGGGCAUUGUAUUCAUUUGCUUAAAAAAAUUUUUAAAAAUAUUUUAUCUCCCCCUCCCCCCAACUCCCCCACUUUCCCCUUGAAACAACAUUUCUAAGUACCUUAUGAAAGGUCUGUUUUAAGAGUCGGGGGAUUGUUGCUUCAUUCACUGUGUAGAAAGGGAUUCCUUGUUGGCUGGCCCCAGCCAGGGACAAGGACACAGUGGAACAAUGGCCUGGCACGGCCAGUAUUGGCCCUUGCACUGUGCAGGCUCAUGAAACCAAAGUGUGACUUACCGGAAGGUUUGUUGUUGUUUUGUUGUUUUUGCUGCAGACCUCAAUGUUAUUCAGCAAAGCCAAACGUGCCCAGUGCCUGUGAAAAGUGGGCAAGACAUUUCAGAGCCGUAUGACUCCCAUGUGGCCUAAUUCUGAGCCAAAAGAGAUCUUACUGCCUUGGAAGAGUGGUGUCAGAGGGGAGAGGCCUCUUCCAAGGGAGCCCUUCCCUGACUUCUGGGGAAGGGCCUUUGCUUCGGGAAGUUCUCUCUCUCAUAUUUCUGUUUUCUCCGGGGCUGAAAUUUGAUUGCGUCUGUUCACAAGGUUCCAAUCCCUGGGUGUUGGUGGAGUUCUUUGUGCUUGUAUCUGUGAAAGAUAACCUGAUUCAUGUGUAUCCAUGAUACAUACCUAUGGACUCAGCAUAUUUAUUUUUCUUCCCCCUUCCCUGAUUCCCCAUGCUCCACCGUCCCUGGAGAUGGCCCACGUGUGCUGUGGGGCCCAGGCUCUUUUUGCAAUGUGUCCCUGUUGGGUGCUCAGGGCUGUUGUCAUGGCCCAUCUUACCACUGGUCUCCAUGUGCAAUAUUCCCCUUGUUACUGUCAUUCUGUUCAGCACACAGGGCAACGGAGACUUUGGGGAAGCAGGCCGGUGCCGAAAACAUGGCCUUGACCCGAACACGUGCCACGGGAGGGUGACGUUCAUUUUCUUGACAUUGUUAAAGGAAACACGCUUUGUUUGAAGUCACUGGGAGAGAACAUUAAACUGCGUUCUCUGUUGGUGUGGCUCGUGGCGUCUCCUACUGCUCCUUGUGUUCGUGUAUAAAUAUGCUGGCUUGAUCCUUUCUGUUGUCAUUUGGACGGUGAGCAUCCUGAACUCAUUGUAAUAUUGUUAUUGUUUAAAAAAGAGAGGGCCGCUCAGCCACUGUCCAGUUCUCCAUUCAAAGAGCUAUAGCCUCUAGAAGUUCACAUUUUGUCUUAAACCCUUCCCCUCCCCACAAUCGUGGGCCCAGAUCCCAACUGAGAUCUGGGUUUCUUUUGUUGUGGCCGGGAGAAGGCUCAGCACCGGCAUUCAUCCGGCUGCCUCACAGGGGAGAGAGUUGGGGGAGUGGAAGCCUGCCUUGGUGACCAGACGGCUUAGUGUUUUUGAGGAUGUAUUUUUAUUAAGAAGAGAGAGUUUUACUUGGGAAUACUUUCCUGAUUCAAUUGCACUAUUGGAGGGCUGGUUUAAUGAAGUCUUUAUUCUUUCUGUGAAAGAAAGUCCAUAGAUAUUCCUUCACUCUGCUCAUUUCUCUCCCAGAAAGAAUGUUUUUUUCCCUACUUUGAGUGGUUUGUACAGACACCCAGGUCUGCACGGACAUACCGGUGUCUGUGUUUGUCUGUAUUUACCAAAUGCUCGUGCGCUCACAGACGGGCAUUGUGGCCCCUAACUCCUGGGCUUGUCAGACCUUUUGAAGCCCACCGAGGCUUCUGGACCAUGGGUAGGUUGGAGAAGUUUCAAGGCCAGGGAGUGACCCAUCCAACCUCAUCCCAGCUCCCUCAGGCCUUCCCCACAAAAGUCACUUUGUCAGGGUUUAAUCUGUAUCCCCCCACCUUAGAGUGGCAUUCAAGGGCGUGGAACUCACACAGAUGUGGCAUAUUGCCCGGGCCAACUAGGGAGGCUCUCUCUGUGAUUACUAUGGGAGGUUUUUAAUGUUUAAGGGAAGGACUGGGGCACUUGGGAAAAUCAUUAUAAUAGAUAAUGUUCAAUUUCCAUCGCUACUCUAGAAAAUGAGAAUGUGUGUAUAUUAUAUACAUAUGUAUUACAGUAGGUAACAAUUAUAUUAUGCACAUGUAUACAUACAUAUGCACAUGCGCACAAGCACAUGCACACAUGUGUGUAUUGUAUCUGUGCAAUACAUGUAACACACACAUCUAUAUACACAUGUGUGUAGCCCACACAUGAAUGUAUGUUCCAGUCCAUGCCUGUAAGUACACACCAUGCUGGUAACUACAACAAUACCCUGCUGUGGUGGAUCUGAACAAGCAUCUGCUUCCACUUUCCCCACUGAAGCACAGUCCUCCAGCCAUCGUCACAGAGGAGGAGGGAUACAUCGCUUGCUCUGUUUCCGGCACCUGUUCCAUCGUGUGAAAUGAUUUCAUCUUCCAGGGACCUGUCUUUCUCUCCCCAUGCCCAGGUCUUUGUACGUCCCAUAUUUGCCCUGUGUGUCAGCGGUGGUGCGGCGAUAAACCAAAUCAUUGUCAUUCUUGUUUUGUUGUGCUGGAUACAAAGUCAGGACACUUAUUUACAAUAAAUAAGACUGAUGGAGGA